UGAUUUCCCUCGACGGUUGGCUGGUGAAUGCCAAUGCAGGCGUGAUGAGAUAGCGUGGGUGCUGAGAGCAGAUAGGUGGGAUAGACCCUGCAGGUAUAAAUGCACGUCGGUCCCGGCUGAUCUAGUUAUCUCAAGAGAUAGUAACUCCUCGAUUCCGACAUGGUUCAAGCGACCCAAUUUCGUGGGUCUCCUUCCGGACACAUUGUCCAGACCACUGCCGAGCUUCCCAACAUCCAGCCCGAUGAAGUCCUGGUCAAAGUGACCGACAGCGGUCUCUGCGGAAGCGAUCUCCACUUCCUGAGCGUGCCCAUGGUACUCGGACAUGAAGGGAUCGGCAUCGUCGAACAGAUCGGCUCAGCCUGUUCCCGAUUAAAAGUCGGCGAUCGAGUCGGAUGGGGACCGAUCCUUUCGACCUGCGAUGCAUGCGACAUGUGCAUGACUGGAAGAGAGGCCUAUUGUCCCAAGGUGAAGAUGUAUGGCGUGGAGGAUUUUGACAUCCACGGCUCGAUCUGUAGCCAUGCCGUGCGAAAAGAACAAUGGCUCUUCCAGAUCCCCGACAGCAUGUCUUCCGCGGAUGCGGCCCCGUUGAUGUGUGGCGGUGGCACGGUCUGGGUCCCCUUAGUCGAGCAAUGCAAGCCCUACGAACGGAUCGGGAUAGUCGGCAUCGGAGGCCUCGGUCACCUGGCCAUCCAAUUCGCAGCCAAGAUGGGAUGCGACGUGAUUGUCUUCUCAUCAACGGAAGAAAAGCGCGACGAAGCACUGAACCUCGGCGCCAAUGAAUUCUACGCCACCAAGGGCGUCUCUGACUAUGCGACUCUCGGCGUACCCAAGCCUAUCGACCGACUUCUCAUCACCUCCUCUGCGAAAUUCAACCUGGGGUUGUUCUAUCCCAUCUUGGCUCGCAAGGCAAGUAUUUUUCCCUUGUCCGUGGACUCGGGGGAUUUGACUGCGCCGUAUAUGCCCACGAUUGCUCGGGGGAUUAGUAUUGUGGGGAGUUGUGUCUCGAGUCGAUACCCUCAGAACAAAAUGAUGGACUUUGCCGCUCGGCACAAAAUUCAUUCCAUUGUGGAACAAUAUCCCAUGACGCUUGAAGGUGUCACUCAUGCGGUGGAUAGAUUGCAGAGUGGGAAGAUCCGGUACCGGGGUGUCAUUAGCUGGAAUUCAUUGCACGAUCAGUGAAUCCUGCCUGAAUUCAGAAUUUCCAAGUAGCAGUUUCGAACCACGUGCUUUGGGAUGUGUAGUCCUCCGGAGAUCAUGUAUAUCGCUUCCGGAGAGGUAGUGGUUAAGUAUUGAAAGCCAAUCUUGAUGGAUAAG